GGUCCCUUAUGAAUCAGAGGCCCAAUCCGUUUAUUUCCCAAGAGAGUAAGCGGCUGAGGGUUGACACUUCUGAGUGAGAGAGACUGAGGCUGAGCACCACCAGCAACCACCGGCGACCGGCGACGGAGAUUCCAUUAUUUCAUUAUUAAAGAGUUGCAUCAAGUUUGCUGGUGUUUAUGGGCAUAAGAUGGCCAAGGAUUCUAACACCGAAGCAGCUCUCGCAAAUAAUACUGAGCCAGAAGAACCCACUAAAAGCGCUUCAAUGUUUUGACGAAGCAAAAUGCAAGUAUCCAACUUACCGUCAUAAUGGUCCUGUUUAUAGCACUAUGAUUAAUAUUUUGGGCAGAUCAGGGAGAAUAACUGAGAUGAAGCGAACAAUUAAUCAGAUGAAAGAGGACUCGUGUGAGUGUCAUGACUCAAUAUUUGUGAAUGCCAUUAGAAGCUAUGCGCAAGCUGGAUUAACAAACGAAGCCAUUUUUCUUUUUAAGUCUCUUCCGGAGUUCAAUUGUAUAGAAUGGACAAGAUCUUUGAGUACUCUUUUGGAGAUAUUGGUAGAAGAAUCUAAGCUAGAAUCUGUUUAUCAGUUGUUCCUUGAGAACUCUUGUGGAUGGGAAGUGAAGUCUCGGGCACAUUUCUUGAAUUUGUUGAUGAAUGCUCUUUGUAGAAUGAAACGCUCUGAUCUUGCAUUGCAUAUUUUCCAAGAGAUGAGUUACCAGAACUGCUAUCCAAACAAAGAGAGUUACAGGAUCUUGAUGAGGGGUUUAUGUGAAGAAAAACGGCUCAAUGAGGCUACUCAUCUAUUGUACUCAAUGUUUUGGAGGAUAUCUCAGAAGGGAAGUGGUGAAGAUGUGGUUGUCUAUCGAGCUUUAUUGGAAGCGUUGUGUGAAAAUGAAGAAGGGGAGGAGGCCUUACAAAUUCUUGGUAAGGUAUUGCGAAAAGGACUAAAAGCUCCGAGAAGUUACUACAAGCAGAUUGAUCUUACUCAAUGCCGGAAUGGAUCAGAUACAGAAAAUAUGAAAGUUUUGAUUAAUGAAGCUUUGAUAAAAGGCAUAGUUCCCAGUUCAGAUAGCUACAGAGCGAUGGCUGUUGACUUUUACGCCGAAGGCAAGAUUGAUGAAGGUGACAAAGUGCUCAAGGAAAUGCAUGAGAGAGGCUUCAAACCGUCAGUGGCGAUUUAUGAAGCAAAGGUAGCUGCUCUUUUCAGGGAUGGCCAGGUUGACGAGGCAAUUAUGGUCAUUGAUUGUGAGAUGGUGCAAAAAAACUGUGUUCCGAAUAUUAGAUUGUAUAAUGUAGUUAUAAAAGGCUUAUGCCAUGAAAGAAAAUCUACUUGUGCUAUUAAGUAUUUGGAAAGGAUGUCUAGGCAAGUAGGUUGCGUGCCAAACUAUGAAACUUAUGGAACUUUGGUAGAUGGGUUAUGUGAAGAUGGUAAAUACGUUGAAGCAAGCAAGGUGAUGGAGCAAAUGUCAAUUAAUUCCUUUUGGCCUAGAGUUGGAACUUUGAAUUCUCUUAUCCGAGGUCUCUGCCAAGUAGGUGAUUUGCACAGUGCAAUUAUGUGUUUGGAGGACAUGAUCUCUCUAGCCUUGACUCCAGAUAUCAAUGUUUGGCAGUCAUUAUUAGGUGCAAUCUGUUGUGAAAAUGGAUUGAAUGAGGCUUCUUUCAAGACACUAGAGCAGCUACAGACACCUUAGCGUUGUCUAUAACUACAACUGUAUUGCUGGAUUUCGCCCAUUUUCUAUUUGGUAAUAAACCUUUUUUGCUUAACACUUCGAAGCCUGUCUUUUCUAUUUUCCUUCUCGCUAACUCUGAAUUCUAAUUAUCUGUCUUGAUUCAGUUGGUAAUAUAACUACAUGCUGAUAUUUUAACCUUAAUAUCUCUAAAUGCCUUUUAGUGGCAUUUAAGGGCAUUACCAUAGUUGUCGCUAAUUAGUAUGUUACAGCCAACUUGUCCCGGCAAUUAAGCAUUAGUUGGUAAAAAUCAUCUUUUUAGUGACAUUUAAAAAUGCCCAAUAAAAGUCUCUGUCAAGUGAAAAUCAACCUCUAAUAAUAUCCCGGCAAUUAAGCAUAGCCUCCGAUCUGAAGCCAGAGGCAAAAUCUCAUCUGAAAGCUAGAUCUUCAUAGCCCUCCGAUCUGAAGCCUCUGAUAUCCUUCCAUGGUACUCUCUCUGUCCCUCGGAUCAUACUCUCAUCGAAACACCUCUUGGUGUUGAAUAUCAGUGAGGGAAUUAAAAAUUCUAGGGUUUGGAUCUCUCUCCCCCUAUUUUUUAGUUUCUAAAGCAAUCGGAAGACAUAACUCAACUAGUAUGUGGAUGGACAGUACAUUGCCUCCGGUCUAUAUGAUGGUCUGUUACUCAAACACUCCGAUUGUUUCAAUCAGGUUGGUUUGAUUAUCAUUUUCAUUCAGUUUUUGAAGUUUUUAUCAAUUGCGACAUUGAGCUCUGUUUGGUUGAACGUUUAGGCGGUUACAAUCUCCUACCGUUAAGUUCAAUUUUAAGGUAAUCUUCAUUGAUUUUUAUACUCUGUUUUGUCCCAUUGUUUGGAUGGAAGUUUAUGAUUCUCCCACUGUUAAGUUCACUACUAGGUAAUUUUUGUUGGUAUAUGGGAAAAAAGUUCAGGUGUGUCGGAUUUGUUCGGUUUUCAUUUGAUUCAGUUCUGAAGAGUUAGGUGUUCUGUUAUGCUCUGUUUGGUUGUAUAUUUAGCAAUUUCACUACUAUUAAGUUCAGUUUUAAGAUGAUAUUCCUUGAUUUUUCUUCUUUGUUUUAUCUAUUGCUGGAUGGAAGUGCAUACUUUUCUAGCUAUCAUGCUCAAUUCUAGCAAUUUUUCGUUGAUUUAUGAGCUCAUUUUUUGCUAAUUUUGAGUGAUAUUGCCGGGAUGGUUUUUGUAAAAAAUGAUACAUUUUGCUUUGAUUUGUUUCGAGUGUUCUAGUCCACCAUAUGUAAAGUGUCUGCUUCUUUUUCUGGAGUUAUGAUCUAAUAGCCAAAGAGGAAAAUAACAUCAAGAAGGAAUUGAUCUGUGCUAUAUUGAGGAUUACAUCAAAUUAAAAGUAAGUCAUUAAUUUAAGCUGUAAUAGAAAUUGUCUAACUAUAUAGUUAUGGUGAGCCACUGAGCAUUGUGUAACUGAUACAUUGGUACAGUGGAUACUCUCUCCCACUAGAAAGGUUGACGAACAAUGAUAAUCACGAGGAAACUUCAUGGCAUUUGUAGCCUAACUUGAAUAAGUUUCUUGGAUUGGCUUGACCUUUUUGGAAGGAAGCUCGAGCUAUUGCAAAAGCUUUUAUCAUGUAUGCCCUUGAUUUUCAUAUUUUCAUGUACGACCUGUGUUUAGAUGGAGAUUGAUCAUACGUAUUUCAAAACCUUGAGAAUAAAACUGGAUAUAGAGUAUGUGUAAAUUUUAUUCAAAUGAAUAAGUAUAAAGGAUAACCUUCGAUAUAGAAGGUCAUAUUUUCAAAUUGAAUGACAGGUACAAUGACCCUCUUAAACACUUUCUGAACACACAUUAGGUGUUUAGCAAAUAUCACAAAAGGAAAGAGACAUUCUUUUUUAUACGGACUAAAAGCGAAUGUAAGACAAACAAAUUGAAACGGAAGGAGUAAGUAAUUUCUUUCAUGUUAAUGAACCUGUUAUUAUUGGGUAUUAGGGGACAAUCUCUUUCCCAGUAACUUGUUUUUAAGACAUCCCCAUAAAUGUGAAUUGAUUUUAAGACACUAUGGAAGCCACUACUUGUAGUUUAUUUAGAUCGAUAAAUACUCCUUGGAAAUCUCUGUGAAUUGUAUGAUUUUAGUACUAACUUCCGCUAAAGAUUCCAAAAGCUUUUGAGAUUACAACACCAAAAUUUAUUAGCCUAUCUUGUUGCUUAGCUCAUGAAUUGGCAGAACUGCAGAAGGACUGAGUAUCACUUGUUGCGAAAGAUUCCAAAUCUCCUACUAAUUGUGAAUAGAGGAUGCAGAUUAGUAGGCAUAGCUUUUGGGUGAAGUAGUUGUAUGGGCGGAAUAUAUGCUGAAUAGAAGGAAAAUGAUUAAAUUUGAGGCCUGAGACAGGAAGAGGAAGAGAUUGGGAUCGAACAUAAUGAGCUUCAAAGCAGUUACUUUAGGUGACAUUAAUGAUGUUAAACGGCUGAUGUGGUACAGAAGCCUUUGAAUAAUUUUUUGAGGUGCAAUUUACCAGUUGAUAAUGAUUCUCUCUUUCUGUUUUGACAUCAGAGGAACAUGAUCCGUGAGGCAACAACAUUUUUGUUGGAUGUUCCGAAACCUAACCUUCCAGAGAACAGUUUCCUGCAGACUAAGGUCUUGGAAAUCAACCUCGUGACUUCCCCAAAUGUUGAUGAUGCUAUAUUAGCCAAUGGUAUGUUCACUCGUUAUGAUCAACCACGAAUUGCUCAACUUUGUGAAAAGGUUGGUCUUUGAUUCGGUCUUUGCAGGAUUGACUGGUUUUCAGCAUUUUUGAGCUUAACUUCCCAUAAGAUAUGACCACAAUAUUGGUUAAUUAUGUAUGUUUCUGCAGCACUACAGUGAACUAUCUGAUAUCAAUCGCGUAAUUUUUUAAUACACAUGCCAUUGAGCCUCAGGUCAGUAUACUCCCGUGGUCGUAUUGACUUACUGUUGAGGGUUGUCGGACGUGUAUUUAUCUACACUACACCAGAUUUCAGAAAGUAUGUUUCCCAAGUUUCUCAGAAAAGGCAUAAAACUAAGUUGUUCAAAAUAAGAAAAAGAAAAAGCUAAUUCACCUGAAAAACAAAUAGGAAGUCUUUGUUAGAAGAUACUCACCCAUUUAGAUGUUGAAACUUAUGAAGCAGAGACACCAAAUUUAAGCUCACUGAGUCAAAUCAGAACUUUUUAGGCCUUAAACACUAGCCUGUUUUCUUGUAUUUUUGAAAUUUUGGUUGUGUUGUCUCCGGACCAUUUGUACACCAGGUUUCACCGUUGUUAUGGGCGGCUACUUUGGGUUUCCCCCCCUCUCUCUCCCUUGUUGUUCUGCUUGUCCAAGACUCUGCUCUAUCUGAAUAUGAUAGAUAUUUGGACAUUUAAAAUUACAUAUACUUCCUUUUUACAGAGAUAUGAAUCAUAGAACUCUCUCAAUCCCUUUUCAUUUUAAGAAAGUAAUUGAGCUUUCAAAGAAAAUUAUGGUGCAGUGGUCAGGUUCAUGUCCUGAUGAAAAAAUUGUUGGUAGGGAGCCUUCCCCCCAAAUGGAGUCAGUCCUACACAAUGCAAAUCCAGAUUGGUCGGGUUCAAAAGUGGGUACUAGACACUGGAUGGGAAAUCAAAAUAAAAAGAAGAGAAGUAGUGAACAUAACUGCUCACACUUAGCUUUGAUGGGGGCAUUUUCUCAAGAUCGACUACAUGAUUUCAUUACAGAGUUCUAAUUCAGAGAGAUGAAUCUUCAAAUAGUGGCAAAAAUCAAAUCGAUCUAUCUAUCUAUCUAUCUUUUCUUGUUGGAUGUAUAUUGACAAGAAUAUUAGAUUUGUACUAGAUCAUGAACAUGUUGUCCAUUGUUUUGAGAGACUUUGUAAAUGCUUCUCUAUAUUUUCAUUUCUUUUAACCUCAAAGCAAUAAGAUAUUCUUGUCAAUGAUUU